CUAGCAAACCCCUUCUUCGCUUUAUAAACCCCGUCUUUCUUUGCCCUCGUUCCUCCUAUUUCUAGUCCCCAGAGUCCCCAUCCCCAUCUCCUCUCUCGUUCCCAGAGAAAACGAAGGCCUCUUUCUUUCUCUCGAGGAGAUGUUGGAGCUAAGGCUGGUGCAGGGGAGCCUCCUGAAGAAGGUCCUGGAGGCGAUCCGAGAGCUGGUGAACGACGCCAACUUCGAUUGCUCGGCCACGGGCUUCUCCCUCCAGGCCAUGGACUCAAGCCACGUGGCGUUGGUUGCUCUCCUCCUUCGAUCCGAGGGCUUCGAGCACUACCGCUGCGACCGCAACCUCUCCAUGGGCAUGAACCUCAACAACAUGGCCAAGAUGCUCCGCUGCGCUGGCAACGACGACAUCAUCACCAUCAAGGCCGACGAUGGCAGCGACACCGUCACCUUCAUGUUUGAAAGCCCCAAUCAAGAUAAGAUUGCGGAUUUUGAGAUGAAGCUUAUGGACAUUGAUAGCGAGCAUCUUGGCAUUCCAGAUGCCGAGUACCAUGCCAUUGUGCGAAUGCCGUCUGCAGAAUUUGCUAGGAUUUGCAAGGAUCUCAGCAGCAUUGGCGAUACUGUUGUUAUUUCAGUGACGAAGGAAGGUGUGAAGUUUUCAACUGCGGGAGACAUUGGAACGGCAAAUAUUGUUUGCAGACAGAACAAGACUGUUGACAAGCCAGAGGAAGCAACCGUCAUAGAGAUGCAAGAGCCGGUGUCCUUAACUUUUGCCCUGAGGUACAUGAACUCCUUCACCAAGGCAACACCGCUAUCUGAAACUGUAACCAUCAGCCUUUCUUCUGAGCUGCCUGUGGUUGUUGAAUACAAGAUUGCUGACAUGGGUUACAUACGAUUUUACUUGGCUCCCAAGAUUGAAGAGGGUGAGGAGGAUAUGAAGCCAUAAUCAAUUCUAUUUUUCUCCAUAUUUGUUUCUUUAAGUUUAUUCUAUGCAAAAGAGUUGGUCUGGUUACACUUUAUGGGGGCAUCUGGAAUGCUGUGUAGAUUGAUCAUAUUUCUCUAAGUUCCAAUGGUAGAGUUUGCUGUUUUCAUCUUGUAACUUCCAGGCCAUGGGUCAUGAUGAACAAGCACGAGAGCCUCCUUCUGUUCUGCAAGAACAUUCAUCAUAGUAUUAUCAAUUGGUGAUCAUCUAA